AUGGGGAUCAUCCAGAUGGACAAGCCAGUCAGCAGUUCUUUGGUUUUUCUCCCAGAAGCAGUAACUGCUGUAGCAGCAGCAGCAAAUGAAGCUGUGCAUGACGCAACUCUUGAAGCCUUCAUGCAAAGCCUGGGGCUUCUUCAAGAGUGCUUGGUGCGCUUUGAAAACCCUGCACCACCUAGAGGAAACCAAUUAGAAAAUAGAACAGCUGUUCAUUCACAGCUGGAAAAGGUCAAACUGCCAACUUUCAACGGAGAUCAGAGAGACUGGCAAGGGUUUCCUGAUAAGUUUACAGCGUUGGUAAUCAAUGACACGUCUAUCAUGCCAGUGAUCAAGUUUCAGCAUCUGAUUAACUCACUGAGUUGUGAGCCAGCGAGCCUUCUACGUGGCAUUAAGGUAGAAGGCGACAACUUCGAUACAGCCUGGCAAGCCCUCGUCAAGUGCUAUGAUGAUAAGCUGCUGUGCUGUAACACAUACAUAAAGGCCAUAUUAGAGAUGCCAGUGGCAAGCGAAGAAUCUGUAACACACCUUAAUCAGCUGUUGUCAACCAUGAAUGAGAGCUUGAACGUCUUUAACGCUCUCGCGCCUACAUUGUCCAACUGUGAUGCUCUACUGGUAUAUUGUAUCACCAGCAAGUUGGCACCGGAUACACAGCUUGAUUGGGCAAAAGAGUGUGAGGCCCAAAGGAUAACUUUUGCCACGUAUCAAGUUCUUCGGACUUUCCUGGAGACGAGGAUCCGCACCCUAGAUCGUCUAGGCUUCAGCACGCGAGAAGCUGGUCCUGCUCCGACUGCCAAGGGCAACAAAGCAAGAGAUAAAGGCAAGCCAAAAGAGAAGCAGUCUACAUCGGCCCUUCUGUCCACAUCAACAUCAGAACAGUCUUCGACGUCCAAGGGCUCCAAGCCGACCUGUCUCUAUUGUUCAGAGACGUAUUACAUAGGCUCCUGCAAGCAGUUGCUAGGGAAGUCGGUGCCGGAUCGCCGAGCCUUCGUACAAAGCAGCAAGCUCUGUUUCAACUGCAUGGGACCUUCUCAUCAAGUGGGCGACAGCCCCUUCAAAAAUACAUGCCGCACCUGUCAGAGUAAGCAUCACACCGCUCUGCAUAUGGAUCAAGCUGAGCAGCCAACCAUCGGUUCAAGACCUCCACAAAAGAAAGAUAAGUAUCAGACAUCUGAUUCCACUCAGCAGACUUCAGUGCUCACUACAUUUACCAGGAGCACGAAACUGUUGUCCACAGCAAUCGUGUCGCUGGUUUCAGACUCUGGCUUAGUCUACCUAGCCAGAGCCCUCUUGGACUCUUGUUCAGAGGAGUCUUACUUGUCAGACCAUGUGGCGAGAGCACUGGGUCUCAAGGUUAAAGAGACCUGCUUGGCAGUCAACGGCCUGGGAAAUUCAACCUCGAUAGCCAGGGGUUGGGUUACUCUAUCAGUUAAGUCCCCCUCUGAUAAUGGUUUUGAUUUUCAGAUAAAGGCUUUGACGAUGGGCAAGCUCACCUCAAAGCUUCCAUCUAGCAACAUUAACUUCGGGAGUUGGAACCACCUUAAGGACUUGGACGUUGCCAAUCCAUUCUGUGGCACCCCAAGUCAGAUUGAUUGCCUACUGGGUUCUGAAGUCUUCGCCGAUGCCUUGCGCCUUGGCCUUAUCACAGGGCCACCAGGCACGCCUUCUGCAAUCUGUACGGUAUUUGGUUGGGUUUUUCUUGGAGGGUCUAAGCCAUCCCCCGGCCUCAAGGUAAAGUCCACUCAAUCAUUUACUCUGACCAUCGAUCAAGAUUUGCCUGUCGCGUUACAGAAACUCUGGGAGGUUGAAGAGCCAUUUAAUGUCGAUCAUGGUUCUUCAGACGAUAAAAAUUGCUAUAGGCAUUUCCAGGAGAACGUGUGA